CAUUACAAGAACAGCUAGCUAUGGACGGAUAAUGACUCGGGCCCCUCGGCUUCCAGAAAGAAGAUACAGCUCAAAGUCUCAAACCCAAUGAAUCCACGACAGGAAUAAGCAAAGACUUUUUUUCCCAGGCAAACGAGAAACAUAGAGAAAGAAGCAGGCGGCAAGAGACCCAAAGACCCGUCCUUUCAAUCUUCUUUUUGCGUUUUCUUUUCCCCUCUUCUGCAUCAUUCAAAGACCAUUGAAUCAUUAUUCCCACCAUUGAUUUCAAUAAAGAGGCUAAAAAAGACAAAUCUUUAAGGUGUCCCAGUUUUGCAACUUUUCUGAAUUCUGAUGAUGAACGUUCGUCUCAACUGCUGAGAUUAGCCAUACGGUUUUGAGAACAAAUGCAUCAGAUCAGUUGGUCACACGUGUGGCCUUUCUGUAUUCUCCUAAGCAAGUUCAUGAGAUCAGACGACGAAGAUGCUCAGCAACCAGCGGGGAAUGAGUUUGCUUUGGUCGGUUCGUUCCCCUUUAAACAGUCACUGGAUAGAGUGGAAAGCAAAGCCGUUCUGUCCUCCAAAUCAUUCUCGGUUGAAGUGCCACAUGUUAAGCAACUAUAUACAUGGGAUUGUGGUCUUGCUUGUGUUGUAAUGGUUUUGAGAACUCUCGGGAUUUACAAUAGUAAUAUUGAGGAAUUGGCACAGUCCUGCUCUACCACAAGCAUUUGGACAGUAGACCUAGCAUACAUGUUGCGGAAAUUUUCAGUUAACUUUUCCUACUUUACGAUCACGAUAGGAGCCAAUCCAAACUUUUGCGUCGAGACAUUUUACAAGGAGCAGUUGCCUAGUGAUCUUGCCCGAGUGAAUACGCUAUUUCAGAAGGCACGAGAGGCGGGAAUUAACAUUGAGUGCAGGUCAAUUAGCGGAGAAGAAAUGUGUAUGUUAAUAUUGUCCGGGAAUUGCAUUGCAAUAGCGUUAGUUGAUCAUCACAAGCUAAGUCAUUAUUGGUCGGAGGAUGGUUGUAUUCAAAACUUCUACCCCAAGAGCCCGGGUUAUACUGGUCACUAUGUUGUCAUCUGUGGCUACGAUGCAGCCAUGGAUGAAUUCGAGAUACGAGAUCCAGCAAGCUCGAGGAAACAUGAAAAGGUUACUUCAAGGCGGCUAGCAGAGGCGCGCAAAUCCUUUGGCACCGACGAGGAUCUUCUUCUGAUCCAUUUGGAGAAGGGAGUCGAUCUAAAUCGCCCGUUGUCAUCUCUAUCUUCAUAGAACUUCUCUUGGUGCAUUCUUUCAUAAUUUCCCCCUUUUUUAUCUGUAUAUAUUGUGCUGGGUUGACUGAUUUUGUGUAUGCUGUAAAUGCCUUGUAUUCUAGUGACAUGAGUGUGUGAUAAAGUAUAUAUUUGAUUCUUUAUUUUCUCUGAUGUA